GGAUGCCUCUUCUGAAGUGCGCAAGCGCGCUUGUGUCUGGCGGUAUUGCUUGUUGCCGGUUACUGAGAAGUGGCAGCUACCAAAAGGCGGAUCCUCACUGCUGGGGUGUUGUGGCCAGGCGGGUUUGGCCUGUCUCCGGCGCUAGUGUUGGGCUCGGGAGGUAGUGGAAAGGGAGGGCGGGGUGAAGUCUCUGUGGAGCCCGCAGGCUUCACAAUGAAGAGGAAUUGGGGGUUCGGGAGGGAGAAGGGCAUGUCGCCCUUGGGCUCCGCUUCUGGCUUGCAGAGGCAGGGCAGGGGCGUUGGGCAGAAGAACAAUGGAAUUGACAACUUGCUGCUGGGUUACCAUGUCCAAGACAGAGAUCUCAGAAAGAUCCACAAGGCUGCCUGUGUGGGCAACGCAGCGCAAGUGCAGCAGAUUCUGUUCUUCGCGGAAAAUGGCGUGGAUGAUAGAGACAAAAUGAACAGGACUGCUCUCCAUUUGGCCUGUGCCAAUGGCCAUCCAGAAGUGGUGAGCCUCCUAGUAGAGAGGAAAUGUCAUCUUAACCUCUGUGAUCAUGAAAACAGGACAGCUCUCAUGAAGGCCGUACAGUGCCAGGAAGAGAAAUGUGUAAACAUACUAUUGGAAAAUGGUGCCGAUCCAAAUAUUAGGGAUGUGAGUGGCAACACUGCUCUCCACUAUGCGGCCUUUGGUGAUAAUAUAUCCAUAAUAGAGAAGCUGCUGCUAUACAAUGCGAAUACUGAAGCAAGAAAUAAGGAUAACAUCACACCACUUCUAGUUGCCAUAAAUGAAAACAAACAGCAAAUAGUGGAAGUUCUGGUAGAAAAGGCAGCAAAUAUACAUGCAGAGGAUAAAUUAAAAAGCUGGUGCUGCAGUCAGGUCGUGAUUGACCUUUACUCCCAGGAUUCCCUUGCUGAUCCAGAGUUUACAGUCUUCAUGGUGUUCCACACUUAG